AUGCAAAAGUUCGAUUAUGUUAACGUACUCGUGCAGACUCGCGCACACAACGCGCACACACGUGUGGUGGUCAGGGUCAAGCGGGACGUCGCGGACAUCGCGAGCGACCCGCCACGGGGAAUCUACGUCGUGCCCAAUGAGAACGACAUCACGAACAUCGAUGCCCUCGUGGUGGGACCUUCGGACACGCCCUACGAAUGUGGCUUCCUCCUAUUCCCCCUCGCGUGCCCGCCCGAGUACCCGAUCGAGCCGACCAGGGUUCGUGUCCUGACCACGGACGCCGGCCGGGUAGUAGCGCUGCACCCGGUUUUCUACCAGAUCGGCGACGUGUCUCUCAGCAUUCUCGGCACUUACGCCGGACAUCCAUGGAGCUCAGCUCAGUCGUUUUGCAGCUUGCUCGUUUCCAUCCGGUAUAGCUGCUCAGCGAUGACUCUUUCUACGAAAGCCCGAAGAUGCCCGCACUGUGCGGAGAAGUCUUCGGACAUCUUCCACGUGGUGUGGGCAUACCUUGCCCCAAAACCAAACCCCACCCGGGAGGACUGGGAGGCCGCCCUCCUCGGCUGUUCCGACCUGGCAAGCCAGAUGGCCCUGGUCGACCGAGCCCGAGUCGCGGCCGUCGCCAAUGGGCUCCUGUAA